CCGCGCCGAUGGUAAUUUAGGGCCGGUUGUACAAGUAUAGCUUAAGCAGAGUUUAAGAAUUAAGCUGAGUUUAAACACAGUUCAAUUUUUUAGAGUGUUGUACAUACUUCACUCAACAACUAAACGCAACUUAAGUUUUGUUUUAUUUAAGCAGCCGAUUUUGUUGGUUUAAGCUUAGUUUUGGUUCUUUGCGCAUAGUCACCGAUUUGUUAGUUUUGUUAGGUUAUAAUUUUAUGUAAUACCUGUUACCAUUGAUUAACAUAAUCAAUGCUGUUACCCUCCAAAUUGUAAUGGAGUUGCAUGCACUAACAGAUGAUGAAGAUUUCCUAGAAGUAAUUAAUAUAAUUGGACGCAGAAGAGCAGCAAAGAUAUAUAGGCACCGAGAUAACCACUUUACAAAGUGGAAUGAUAAGGAAUUUUUAAAUAGAUUUAGGUUAUCCAAAGAUUCAGUUCGUUUUGUAAUUGAUUUAAUACAAGAAGAAAUAUCACAUCCCACAAACAGAAACUUUGCAGUAAGUGCCGAGUGUAUGGUAUUAUUGGCACUAAGGUAUUUAGCAACUGGCUGCUUUUUGUCAGUUGCAGGCGACUUUAUUGGCAUCGAUAAAUCUACUGCAAGCAGACUUACUACAAAAGUCUGUCGAGCCAUUGCCAGUCAACACCGCAUUUUUAUCAAAAUGCCUACCACAGAGGAAGAAAUGAGAGAAAGAAGUAGAGGCUUUUACAUGAUUAGUCGUUUCCCCAAAUGCAUUGGUGCUAUUGACUGUACCCAUGUGAAGAUUAUAUCCCCCGGUAACAAUGCUGAGAUUUUUCGAAAUCGGAAAAAUUUUUUUUCUUAUAAUGUGCAAGCUGUUUGUGAUGCAAGCCUGAGGAUUCAAAAUAUUGUAUGCAGAUGGCCUGGGUCAUCUCAUGAUAGCACAAUAUUUUUACAUUCUCAAAUAAGAAAUCAAUUUGAGAAUGGAGACUUUAGAGGGUACUUAUUAGUUGGAGAUGCAGGAUAUGCUAUUAAGCCGUAUUUAAUUACUCCUCUAAGAAAUCCGAUCACUCGUACUGAAAAUUUAUUCAAUGAAUCCCAAAUACGCACACGUAACCCAAUAGAACGGUGCUUUGGUGUGAUGAAACGCCGAUUUCCCAUAUUGUCAUUUGGGAUUCGACAACGCGCAGAAAAGGUCGAGGCUAUAGUAAUUGCAACUGCAGUAUUACAUAAUAUAGCUAGGAACUUUAAUGAUGCACUGCCAGACAUAAAUGAGGAAGAACAAGAAGCUAUUGCAGCUGCUGAAAUAAAUUUCGAAGUGGAAAAUGUUCCAUAUUACAACAAUGGACUAAAUAAUGCUGUACGUCAUCACCUUAUUCACGAAUACUUUAAUCGCUUAGCAUAGUGUACAGUGUAUAUUACGAACAAACUUAUUGUUUAACAUUUUUUAAUAACAUAUCUUUUUGUAACUUCAAAAUUUCCAUUUUUAAUUUGUGUUCUUCUUUCAUACAUUCUAGUUCGAACUCAGA